AACAAAUGUUUUGAAACAUAAGAUCUUAUUUACAUUACAACUUACGAAAGGGACUUCAAAGUAGCCAGCGAUAUAAGCAAGAAGCCUUCCCCAGCAUAUGUGUACACAAAUUCAAACCUUAAUUUUACUAUCAAUGGAAUGUUUCCAAGUCAAUCCAAAACGUCCAACUUCCGCCAAGACUUCGACACUAGUUUCAGUGGGACAUAACAAAUAAAGAGUACCUCCGACGUAUUAAAAAAUGUCUUUAGUAUAACGAAUACAUCUCAUGUAAUCCAUGGAACAUCUUUCUAUGAAAUUAAACUAAAAUAUGAAACAAUUAGAGAUUAAUGAAAUUGAUUUUUUUUUUUUCUGUAAAAAAAUGGAUUGACGUUUUUCCUUUUUAAGUUUUUAAAAAAAGAAUCCGCAACCACUAGAUGAAAAUAAACUCCACUCCACUGUUAGUAAUUACAUGCAACAGCACACAAAAUAAACAAAGCAAUAGUCAAGUCAUGUAUGACCGACUUGAUGACCUUAUGGAGUAAAUGUGAGCAUAUGAAUUGAGAUAUCAAUCUAGAUAGGCAACGCCAAGAUUGAGAAUUCAAAUUAUUCCUCAAGUCCUCACCACGCAAAAUCUGAGAGUUAUUUGCUGUGGCUUAAAUUUGCAAGUCCAAUGAGAAUUCAAGGCCUCUCAUGGUUUCUUUUGAUAUCCUUUUUCCAAAUUCUGUUUGUUGCUCGGGCUUCCACUCUAUGCCUUGAUGAUCAAAGGUUGUUAUUGCUGCAGUUGAAGAGCAGCCUUGUUUAUGAAUCAACUUUUUCUAGCAAGCUGGUGAAGUGGAACCAGAUUGAUGAUUGCUGCAGAUGGGAUGGGAUAGAUUGUGAUGGAGCAGGACGUGUGAUCAGUUUGAACCUCGAGAACGAGACGAUUUCAGGAGAGAUCCACAACUCGUCUGCUCUUUUCAAACUUCAAUAUCUUGAAAAGCUAAAUUUGGCUUUCAACUACUUCAACAGCAAGCAGAUUCCAAAGGGACUUCAAAACCUUACCAAUUUGUCAUACCUGAAUUUGUCAGAAGCUGGUUUUGGUGGACAGGUUCCGAUUGCAAUUUCAAGACUGAGAAGCCUGGUUAUUCUUGAUCUCUCCACCUUAUUUGGAAGAUAUCAACCUCUAAAACUUGAGAAACCAAACUUGCAGAGGCUUGUUCAAAAUCUUCCAAUGCUGAGAGAAGUUUAUCUUGAUAAUGUCAACAUUUCUUCUCAAAAAAGUGAGUGGUGCCAAGUAUUAUCUUCUUCUCUACCCAACUUAACGACCUUGAGCUUGCGCAGCUGUGGUCUAUCAGGACCUCUUGAUUCUUCAAUUGCAGGGCUUCAUUCUCUCUCGAUUCUCCAUCUUGAUGGGAACAAUCUGUUGACGACGGUGCCGGAAUUCAUGGCAAAAUUUUCAAAUUUGACAACCUUGACUUUGGGCAAUUGCUUUCUGCAAGGUACCUUUCCAGAUGCCAUCUUUCAGGUUUCCACUCUACAGAUUCUUGAUUUGUCCAACAAUAGGCAUCUCACUGGCACCAUUCCACAGCUUCCCGUGGGCAGUUCUAUAAGGACUAUGGUGCUUAGCUACACUGCUUUCUCAGGUCGGUUGCCCGAUUCCAUUGGCAAUCUAAGAAUGUUGUCUAGCAUAGACCUUUCUAGUUGCAACUUCACCGGAUUGAUUCCGACCACCAUCUCAAAUCUAACAGAGCUAGUCUAUAUGGAUUUCGCAUUGAACUCUUUCAAAGGUUCAAUACCCCCUUUUAGUAUGUCCAGUAAACUCACCUAUGUAGACCUUAGUCGCAAUUCUCUAACAGGUUCACUUUCUUCCAAGCAUUUUGAAGGGCUUUCCAAUCUUGAAUACAUAAAUUUUGGGUUCAAUUCAUUGAAUGGGAGCAUUCCUCCUUCCCUUUUUGGUCUCCCUUCACUGCAGGGACUUCUUCUUUCCAACAACAAAUUUAGUGGUCAGAUUGAUGAAUUUCCCAUUCCAAAUCCCUCUAAUUUGGAUACACUAGAUGUGAGCAGUAACCAGCUUAAUGGGUCUGUUCCAGAGUCUUUCUUCAAACUUGAGGGUUUGAGUGUUCUAUCACUUUCUUCAAACCACUUCAGUGGCUCCUUAAAGCUGGAAAAGGUUCAAAAGUUUCCCAACCUCACAAGACUGGAGCUUGGACACAACAACUUGUCUGUUGAUACAAGCAAUUCAAGUUUGUCGAGGCUACCCCAGUUAAGCCGGUUAAAUCUAGCUUCCUGCAACAUGCACAGUUUUCCCGAUCUGAGAAACCAAUCCAGACUGACAUUUUUGGACCUCUCAAACAACCAUAUUGUGGGAGAAAUACCUAGCUGGGUUUGGACUAUUGGAGGUGGAUCACUCCUCCAUUUGAAUCUUUCUUCUAAUCUCCUUGUGGGAGUCCAAAAGCCCUUCAACAUGCCUGUUUUUCUUAGCAUACUAGACUUGCACUCAAACAGACUCCAAGGAGAGUUUCCAAUGCCCUCCCAGUCAGCUGUCUAUGUAGAUUACUCCAGCAAUCACUUUCGACAACCCAUUCCAGUUGACAUAGGUUACUUUGUUUCGUUCACACUGUUCUUCUCUAUAGCAAACAAUAACCUUACCGGAACAAUUCCUCAAUCUCUUUGCAAUGCAACUUACCUUCAAGUUCUUGAUCUCUCUCACAACAACUUGAAUGGUAGUAUCCCAAAUUGCCUCAUAAACAGUUAUAGUCUCGCAGUGCUGAAUCUGAGGAGAAAUAAAUUCGUUGGUGAUAUACCAGAUUUGUUUUCUUCCAGCUGUGUUUUAAAAACUUUGGAUCUCAGUCAAAAUAACCUAGGAGGAAAAAUCCCACUGUCCAUGGCCAACUGCAAAUCUUUAGAAGUCUUGAAUGUUGGAAACAACAACAUCGAUGGUAGAUUCCCAUGUCGGCUGAAAAGUUCUUCCAGCUUGCGCGUUCUUGUUCUGCGCAGCAACAAGUUUUAUGGGGACAUCAGCUGUUCUGAGGUCAAUGAGAGCUGGCCAAUUCUUCAAAUCAUUGAUAUAGCUUCCAAUAACUUCAGUGGUAAAUUAAAUCCACGAAGCAUUGCAAGUUGGAGAGGAAUGAUGCUAGACAAUGGCACACAGUUGAGGGGAGACCACAUCCGCUUUGAGUUUCUGAGAGGCUUAUACUACCAGGAUGCAGUGACAGUCACUAUCAAAGGCCUAGAGCUGGAGCUGGUCAAGAUUUUGACAGUCUUUACAACUAUCGACUUCUCUUGCAAUAGUUUCAGUGGAGACAUACCCCAAACAGUUGGAGAUCUCAGUUUACUUUAUCUUCUCAACUUAUCACACAAUUCUUUCUCAGGUCCAAUUCCAAGUUCCAUUGGGAACCUGAAACAGCUUGAAUCACUGGACCUUUCUGUCAACCAGCUGAGAGGGAGAAUACCAAAAGAGCUAUCAAAGCUAAAUUUCCUUUCGUUCUUGAAUUUAUCCUACAAUAAGCUAGUGGGAAUGAUCCCAAUUGGUUCCCAGUUUCAAACCUUUUUGGAGUCAAGCUUUGAAGGAAAUCCAGGGCUGUGCGGAUUUCCUACGAACACACUCUGCACCCCCAACUCACCGGAAGGAAAUUCAGCAGGAAGUUUGAAUAAGAGAAAAUACGAUUGGCAAUUGAUAAUUAGUGUUAUGGGAUAUGGAGUUGGAUUAAAUUUAGUAUUUGUUCCUGUUGCAUUGUGCAAGCAGUGGAGGGAAUACUACAGCAAACAACUCGAUCAAUUCCUAUCACUCAUCUUCCCCACACUCGGAUUCACUAAAUCACGUGCUAGAAGAAGAGUACGUGGACGAGGACGAGGACAAGGACGACGACGUUGAAUAAUCGGAGGCCAACAAAGAUGAGCGAGAGAUCCAAGUAAUCUCUCCUUUACUCAGCAGCGUGGCAUUUCUAGCUUUAACCUUUUUCUUCAUGAUUCUCUGUUCCUGAACUUUAAUGUUCAUUAUUAUUAUUAUUUGGUCAAUGUAAGGGACUUUGUUGUUUUCGUUUGUGAUUAUGUAGGAUAAGUGGCAGAAGUAUUUCUGUUGACAAACUAAAGUUACUUUCCUUGCCUCAUUGUGAGUGAUCACUGGAAAAUAUUAUGUUAAGUAUGGGUUUCAAUCUUUUUCUCCUAUCCUAUUUAUUUCAUAAGUAUAACUUCACAUGGGGAUUAGUGACAAAUUCUUCGAAGUGAAGUUGAUAACUUGAAUUGAAGAUGACUAUAUGCAAUAGAGAAUUGUGUGAAUUCUGAUUCAAUUCUGGCCAAGCAAUUAAUCACUCCUUCCUAACCGCUCAUCUUUCCUAGAUACGGAUUCACUAAAACAAGGUGUUAUGCAAUUUGUAAAUAACAUUUAGGGGUAAAUUUUCUUGAUAUAAAAAUAAACCAGCUGGGCAUUUCGUCCAACAGAAAGAGAGCAAGAGAGUGAUGGUUUACCCUGACUAACACACUUCAAAAUUUAGGGCAACCAACAGGAAAAAUGGAUGCGGCUUCAUCCUCAUCAUAUUGUAAAACAGAUCAAUAGCAUCAUCCACCUCAUGAAUACAGAACAAACGGAUUAUAAUCUACAAAUACCUCUACGAUCGUUUGGGCAUGGUGCUUUGAUCUUUCUUUUGCACUUGCGCUGAAUCAGUAAUUUUGCCCUUCGUAAAAUUUACAAAUUGGGAAUUUUUUAAUUAUACCAAAUACCCUACCAUUUCUUCUCCUUCUACCACUUAAUUUAAGCAGGGAUCAAAAAAAUAAAAAAUAAA